GUUAAUGGACGGGCUCUCUGGCUGUCGGAGGGUGUGGGAAGUGCAGCAGGCUCGAGUGAGUGACCCGGAGCUUUGAGCGUCCCCAACCGUUUCGGCAAUGAAGGUGUGUGAGUACCGGCAGAUUGCACUGGGGCCCGGGCAAGGCUCCACGCCGGCUCCCCAGUGCCACACGCCGGCCUCGGGCAAGCAGCGGCGCCGGCGCAAGUGGGAGUCGUUCACCGGCAAGAAUCGGUUCUUCUGCGACGGGCGGCUGAUAACCGGGCGGCAGAGUGGCGCCUUCUACCUGACCCUGGGCCUCAUCCUCGGCACCAGCGGUCUCUUCUUCGGGUUCGACUGCCCUUACCUAACGGAGAACCUGACGCUGGCUAUUCCCAUUAUCGCAGGGCUGCUGUUUGUGUUUGUAUUAAGUGCACUGCUGCACACAAGUUUCACCGAUCCUGGGAUCCUGCCACGAGCUACACCAGAUGAAGCAGCACACUUGGAGAAACAGAUAGAUAACCCUGGUGGAUCAGGUUAUCGACCGCCGCCUCGAACAAAGGAAGUGGUGAUCAACGGGCAGGCAGUGAAGCUCAAAUACUGCUUCAGCUGCAAGAUGUUCCGGCCUCCGCGAACGUCACACUGCAGCCUUUGUGAUAACUGCGUGGAGCGAUUUGAUCACCAUUGUCCUUGGGUCGGAAACUGUGUCGGGAAAAGGAACUACAGAUUUUUCUACAUGUUUCUGUUGUCGCUUUCCUUUCUAACUGCUUUCAUUUUUGCCUGUGUGAUAACUCACCUCACGCUACUUUGGUCCAUUCUGGGUCUCUCAGGGUUUCACACAUACCUGGUGGCCUCCAACCUGACAACAAAUGAAGACAUUAAAGGGUCAUGGUCCAGUAAGCACUCAGAGGAAAGCAGUAACCCCUACAGUUACAACAGUAUCAUCACUAACUGCUGUGCAGUGUUAUGUGGACCAAUGCCACCCAGUUUAAUUGACAGACGUGGCUUCUUGGACCCAGAUACAACACAAGAGACUGGGGGCCAGCAUAGUGUUACUCAGGGAGUGAAAACAGAAGCCAGCCUGACAAGUCUGCGUGUCCUGAACAAAACCAUGCCAGAGAAGACAGACGGUGCUGUGAUCUGUGCCAUCGAGCCCCCUGGCCACAUCAAACCUGCGCACACACAAGGAAAGGGUACGAUACAGCUGAUAUUCCAGCAAGCAACGAGGACAGUUUCUUCCCCCAGUGCAUGAGCUAUUUCUUGAUUGAACCAUCGGAUUCCUGUGGAUCUUGGACACUCCUGAGAUGUGAACAAUGGCAGCAACUGCAUGCUUUGACCAAUCACAUAGCUGUGUCACAAUUGCUGCUUUUAUUUGGAGGAAGUCAAAAAGUUUUGUUACCAAAGAUCACCUGAUCUAUACAGAUCUGCGAUUUAAUGACUAGAAUUUUUGUAGGAGAGAUCUAAGUGUUCUGAAAUGCCAGAUAUUUGGACAAAGCAAAACUUUUGUUGCAGGUGUGCAGUUUGGUGUGGUCCUGAGUAUAGAUAAGUAUGGAGCAUUGAUAACUGUGACAUCGGGAUGAUCUGAUUGGAUUAAUAUUUUUAAUUUGCUGAUUUUUGGAGCAAAAUUUGAAAUAUGCAAUCUGGGAAAGUCAACUAGAUUUUUAAAAUAUAGAUGUUCUUUGGGAAAACAGUUCAUUAUUCAUAUUGCCAGAUAGUCACAUAAACAUAACCUUCUUGCUAGAGAAAUAGUCAUUGGUGCACCUUUGUGGUAAAAUGUUUUGCUCUAAUAAAGUAGUUAAUUACAGUACUAUCAAUGGGAUGGAUAUUUAAAGAUAGUAAAUAAGCACAAUAUCAACGCAGGGUAGAAGCUGCCAACUACAUUGGACAACAAAGAUUUUGCUUCCUGAAUACUUUUUGGUGUAUCUUAUAGAUUUUGGCCUGCUGGUCAUGAAAAUCAUCGUGAAAUUUCUUUAUCAUGGACCAUUAAAAAAAUUGCCUAUAUUUGUUAUUUAAAUUCAUAAUUCAAGUCAGAAUAAUAAGAUGCUAAGAUUAGGGAAGGCAUUUCUGUUGCUCCACAAAUCAAACAGAUCAUCAAUAACAGGCAGUUCGAAAAGCUUCUAGUGGGACCGGAGAAAAUCAUGUGGAAGGCAUUCAAGGAUGUUGCUGAAAAUUUUCUUGGCAACUACAGAGCACCGAACCACGAGCAGCUGGUUGGCAACAUGGCUCAAGCACACAAAACCAUGAAGUGAACAUGUCACUAAAGAUUCAUUUUCUGCAUUCCCAUGUAGACUUCUUCCCUGCAAAUCUUGGCCUUGUUAGUGACUAGCACGGUGAAAGGUUUCACCAGGACAUUGCGGUCAUGGAGAAAUGGUAUCAGGGCAACUGGAAUCCAUCAAUGUUGGCAGAUUAUUGUUGGACAUUUAAGGGCAAAUGAAAAUCAUCAACAAAACAUUUUUAGCUUAGUCGAACUAUUUCAAAGGAUCAGCACUGUAAUGCAAUUAAAUGCGUUACAUUCAAUAAAAGUUAAUUUUUUGUGUCUCCAAAUUCCUAUGUGAUACAAAUUCAUAUGUGAAACUAUAUUUGUGUUCAACUUCAAGUGAACAAUCAUAAACAAAAAAAAUUCUGAGGAAGCAACACUUACAAUAAAAAUUGUUGUCCAGUGUUAUUAAGUGGAUUAGUGACAAGUAUAUUUAUUCACCAAUAUACCAUAGAUGUAGCGAGUAACCGAACCUAAAGCUUUGCCUAUGUGAAUGCUGCAGAAUGUUAUUCACAGUAAAUUAAAGAGAGAUCUGAGAAAAACCUCAAACUGGCUGUAUGCUUGAUGCAAACAAGUAUUCUUCUGCUACACGAGCCAUUCCUGUCUGGAAUGGCUAGGUACUUUGGGUAGUUAGAGGUUUAAUAAUUUAGAACUCUUUUGGCUUAAAGAAUAAAUUUAAGAAGUUAAGAGUGCUUUCACUUGCCUGGCUGACUAGGGCGGCAGCAUUUACAUUGGUUUACAUCUCCCAGCAUGAUCUCACUCUUUUAGAACUGUUUGCUCUUCUCUUAACUUUGUGUAAUUAGCAUCUACAAAUGCACCCACGGCUCUUCUCUUGUUAAUUAUGCCUGUGUGAAGACGAGGAUGUGAAGUUUAAUUUGCACUAUGAAGCACCCUCUUACCUCAGAAUCACCCCGUCAAACUUUGCCAGUAUCUUCCUUGAAAAUACAACUAACUGACUGAUGUUCCGAACAGGCCACACUGGGAAGAUGGAUGAUCAGCUCAUUCUGAAAGUGUCAUUCUGGAGUAUAUUACAGUGAGAACUGGAGUAUAAUCAUAUAGUUUUAAAUGGCAUUACUUAAUUUACAAGAAAUAUGGACAUCUAACUUGCAUUGUGCAUUGCUUCAGAUAUUGAUCAAGUGCCUUGUGCAGUUGCUUUGCAUAUAUUCCAAAUGUGUCAGAUUACUGUAGAUUGUUGAUAGUGUUCCUAUAUUCAGUCCAAUAAAUAUUGAUGC